AUGCUUCAUCUUGCAGCUCAAGUCCCCGCCGCCAAGGCUCCCCUGGUCAUCCGGGAGAUCGAAACUCCCCAACCCGGUCCUCAUGAUAUACUCGUCAAGAACCAGAUCAUUGCCCUCCAGCCUAUUGAUGCCAAGAUUGCAAAGGUUGCAAUGCUUCCACUCCCAUACCCCACCAUUCUUGGCAGCUCAUUUGCCGGGAUUGUUGACAAAGUUGGAUCCGAAAUCACCGGUUUCAAAGUUGGUGACAAGGUGGUCGGCAUGAAGACUGCAGGUGCUCAAGACAGCAAGUAUAGUGCUUACCAAGAGUAUUCCAUCUCGCAAGAAGUCACUACAACCAAGGUCUCAGACGAUGCGACUCUUGACCUUGCUGUCCGCCUCGUUGGUAACCUGCCCACUAUUCCCGCUCUCUUCAACUAUACUUUGAAGCUGGAGAGACCUGUCCCUGGAGAGCAGCCCAAGUCGCAGGGAAAGAAGAUCCUCAUCUAUGGUGGAACAUCCAGCAUCGGCAGCAUGGCUGUUCAGUACCUCACUCAAGCUGGAUACGAUGUUGUCACAACCUUUUCCCCAAAGCACAAGGACUUUGUGUCCACUCUCGGUGCCACCAAAAUUAUCGACCAUACUCAGGACUCCGAAGACCUGGUCAAAGAACUCACCGCCUCUGGACCCUAUGACAUCGUUGUUGAUACAAUCUCGACUGGCGACACGGUUAAGCUCAAUGCCCAAGUCGUCGCGGCCCAAGGCGGCGAUUCUGUCUAUGCUUUACAACCUCCUUUUGGCCCCGAAACUCUACCCGCUGGCGUUACUCGCAAGUUCGAGGGUUGGUCUCUGCUUCUGGGUAAGGAGGAAAAUGCAGAGCUGCUAAAGUGGACUUUCGAUACAUACUUCCCCAAGGCGCUGGAGACCAACAGUCUGGUGUCAGUGCCUGCGAAGAAGAUUCCUGGUGGACUUGGUGGAUUGAAUGACGCGCUGGAUUUGUUGUUCUUCAAGGGUGUUAGCAGUGAGAAGGUUGUCGUGGAUCUUCGCGAUUAA